CCUGCUCCAACAGCGAUGGCUGACGACUUGGAUGACGCUGAGCCUCCGCUCAGAGAACGACCUGCAGUAGUGGAAGAAAGGUCAGGAUUGAUUCAAUUCCGAGUUGUGACGAAUGAUGGCAAACCUGAAUCGAAUAUUAUCUUGACCGGGUUAAAGAACAUCUUCCAGAGACAAUUGCCAAAGAUGCCGCGAGAGUACAUCACUAGAUUGGUAAUGGACAGGAAUCACUGGAGUAUGGGAAUCGUCAAGCGAGGCUUGCAAGUCGUUGGAGGAAUCACCUACAGACCGUUCAAUAAUAGACGGUUUGCCGAAAUUGUGUUUUGUGCUAUCACAAGUACUGAACAGGUGAAAGGUUAUGGAUCACACUUGAUGAAUCAUUUGAAAGAUCAUGUGAAAAGUUCUAGUGAUGUGAUGCACUUUUUGACGUAUGCAGAUAAUUAUGCUAUCGGAUAUUUCAAGAAACAAGGAUUCACAAAGGAGAUCAGUCUAGACAGAAGUGUUUGGGUGGGAUACAUCAAAGAUUAUGAAGGUGGUACGUUGAUGCAAUGUUCAAUGUUACCGAGGAUCGAAUAUCUGAAAGUGCAAGAGCUGCUGAUUGCACAAAAGCAGUUGAUCAAAAAGAAGAUUCGAUCCAUCUCCAAAAGCCACGUCGUUCGUUCUGGUUUGGACGUCUUUCGUGAACCAAAGCCGAAGCAAGAAGAGAAUAAUGAGAGCAAUGAUCCCACUGCCAAUUUCAGGAUUGAUCCUUCCAAAGUGCCGGGACUACGAGAGAGCGCAUGGACGGUGGAAAUGGAUGAAUUGAGCAGAAGGCCACGUAGGGGACCGCAUCAUAAUCUUAUGCGUCAUAUAGUGCUAGAGAUGAGCAACCAUCAAGCUGCAUGGCCGUUUGCCAAUCCGGUCAACGGACAAGAAGUACCGGAUUAUUAUGAAGUGAUCAAAGAACCUAUGGAUCUUUCAACAAUGGAAACAAAGUUGGAAAACAAUCAAUAUGCAACCAUUGAUGAUUUGCUUUAUGAUGCUCAAUUGAUCUUUGAUAAUUGUAGGACAUACAAUCCGCCCACUUCGGUUUAUGCUAAAUCUGCCAAUCGGCUGGAGCGAUUUGUCAAAGAUUCACUU